AUAUCCGAGUGCGACGCCAGUAGAUAAACCUGCUGCCGAAGAGAGACGGACUGAAACGAGAAAAGGACCAAUGAUCCCCAUAUGUCCCGUGGUGUCGUUCACCUAUGUGCCCAGCCGGCUCGGUGAAGAGGCCAAGAUGGCCACCGGCAACUACUUCGGCUUCACGCACGGCGCGGCUGCGCAGUACAGCCAGCAGCCGGGCGGGGGCGUGGCCUACACCCACCCGUCCACGGUGGCGAGCUACACGGUGCACCAGGCCCCGGUGGCAGCCCACACCGUGGCGGCCGCCUACGCCCCCACCGCCGGGGCCGUGGCCGUAGCCCGGCCUGCGCCCGUCGCCGUGGCAGCCAGCGCCGCCGCCUACGGGAGCUACCAGCCCGCCCACGCCGCCACGGACUACGGCUACGCCCAGCGGCAGGCGGAGGUGCCCCCCCCACCGCCCCCCGUCACCUCCCAGAACUACCAGGACUCCUACUCCUACGUGCGCUCCACGGCCCCCGCGGUGGCCUACGACAGUAAGCAGUACUACCAGCAGCCCGUUGCCACGGCAGCAGUGGCGGCGCCGCAGCAGACAGCCGCAGAAUCCUACUACCAGACAGCACCCAAGCCGCUGUACACCCAGGGGGUCACCCCUUACACCCAGGGGGUCACCCCCUACACCCAGACCCGCCAGGUGACCGCCAUCAAGCCGGCCGCCCCCAGCCCGGCCACCUCCACCUUCUCCAUCUACCCCGUGGCCUCCACCGUCCAGCCCGGCCCCCCCGCCACCGUGGUGCCCGCCUACUCCCAGAGCCCCACCUACAGCACCAACGCCGUCACCUACUCUGGUAAGACCGUAGCACCACCUACACCACCUACAGCACCACCCAGCCCCUCCUCUGGCCCUGAUGAUGAUGCGGAUGCCCCCCCCCCCCACUCAGGGACCUCCUACUCGGGCUACGAGGCGGCCAUCUACUCGGCGGCGUCCAGCUACUACCAGCAGCAGCAGCAGCAGCAGCAGAAGCAGGCGGUGGCGGCGGUGGCGGCGACGGCCGCCUGGACCGGCAGCACCUUCACCAAGAAGCCCCCCCCCUUCCAGAGCAAGCAGCUGCGGCCCAAGCCCCCCCCCAAGCCCCCGCAGAUCCACUACUGCGACGUGUGCAAGAUCAGCUGUGCUGGCCCGCAGACGUACAAGGAGCACCUGGAGGGCCAGAAGCACAAGAAGAAGGAGGCGGCGCUGAAGGCGUCCCAGAGCUCCGCCUCGGCGGCGGGGGGCGGGGCGGGCGCGGCCCGGGGCACCCAGAACCAGCUGCGCUGCGAGCUGUGCGACGUGUCCUGCACCGGGGCGGACGCUUACGCUGCGCACCUCCGCGGGGCCAAGCACCAGAAGGUGGUGAAGCUCCACACCAAACUGGGGAAGCCCAUCCCCUCGACAGAGCCCAGCGUGGUGCCUCAGACCAGCACCGCCCCCUCCUCCACCAAGACCUCCACCUCCAGCCUGCCCGCCGCCUCCGCCCAGGCCUCCUCCAGCGCCCCCUACCUGAAGCCCGUGGCCAUGGUGAGCGGAGCGGCAGGCAAGGCGCCCAGCUCCGCCGCCGCCGCCGCCGUGAAGAAGGUCGCCACGCCCAAGAUCCACUUCGUUGGGGGCAACAAGCUGCAGACCACGGCGAAGGCAGAGGAGCCCCGGGCGCCGGUGGCCCGGCCCACCGCCGCCGCCGCCGCCGCGCCCUCCAGCGAGCCCAAGAGCGAGGUGGCCGAGUCCCUGGCCGCACUGGCCGCGCUGCAGAGCGAGGUGCAGCCCGUGGGACACGACUAUGUGGAGGAGGUCCGUAACGAUGAGGGUAAAGUCAUCCGCUUCCACUGCAAGCUGUGUGAGUGCAGCUUCAACGACCCCAACGCCAAGGAGAUGCACCUGAAGGGCCGGCGCCACCGGCUGCAGUACAAGAAAAAGGUGAACCCUGAACUCCAGGUGGAGGUGAAGCCAAGCAUCCGCGCCCGUAAGGUCCAGGAGGAGAAGAUGAGGAAGCAGAUGCAGAAGGAGGAGUACUGGAGGAGGCGAGAGGAGGAGGAGCGCUGGAGGAUGGAGAUGAGGAGGUACGAGGAGGACAUGUACUGGAGGCGCAUGGAGGAGGAGCAGCACCACUGGGACGACCGGCGCCGCCUGCCCGACGGGGGCUACCUGCAGGGCCCUCCCGGCCCCCCCGGGCUGCUGGGGGUCCGCCCCGGCAUGCCAGGCCCUCAGCCUCUGGGGCCAAUGCCCCCCCGGCGGCCAGACUCCUCUGACGACCGCUACGUGAUGACGAAGCACGCCGCCAUCUACCCCUCGGAGGACGAGCUGCAGGCCAUCCAGAAGAUUGUCUCCAUCACAGAGCGCGCCCUGAAGCUGGUGUCUGACAUCAUCACUGACCAGGACAAGGAGGUGAACCCGGAGAAGAGCCCGGAGAAGAGCCCGGAGAAGAGCCCGGAGAAGAGCCCGGAGAAGAGCCCGGAGAAGAGCCAGGAGAAGAGCCAGGAGAAGAGCCAGGAGAAGAGCCAGGAGAAGAGCCAGGAGAAGACAGACUCGCCCAAAGACAGGGCCCUGAAGGGGGUGAUGAGGGUGGACGUCCUGGCUAAGGGGCUGCUCCUGCGCGGGGACCAGAAGGUGAACCUGGUGCUUCUGUGCUGGGAGAGGCCCACCCAGCGCCUGCUGAGCCGUAUCGUGGAGCACCUUCCGGCGCAACUCACGGUGGUGACGCCAGAGAAGUACGAGGUGAAGGGUUCCGUCGAGGAAGCCGCCAUCAUCCUCACUUCCUGUUCAGAGCCGAAGAUGCAAGUGACCAUCACCCUGACGUCGCCCGUCAUCAGAGAGGACGGAGUCCAGGACGGAGAGACGGGGAGCGACCCGGCACACCUGGACGGGCACAAAUGCCUCUCGGCUCUGGCAGCCCUGCGUCACGCCAAGUGGUUCCAGGCUAGAGCCAAUGGCCUCCAGUCCUGCGUCAUCAUCAUCCGGAUCCUGAGGGACCUCUGCCAAAGGGUCCCCACCUGGGCCUCCUUCCCCGGCUGGGCCAUGGAGCUCCUGGUGGAGAAGGCCAUCAGCAGCGCCUCCGGCCCGCUGAGCCCCGGGGACGCCCUGCGCCGCGUGUUCGAGUGCAUCUCCUCCGGGAUCCUCCUGUCUGGGGGUCCUGGUCUCCUGGACCCGUGUGAGAAGAACCCCAGCGACACGCUGACCUCCAUGCAGGAGCAGCACCGGGAGGACAUCACCUCCAGCGCCCAGUUCGCGCUGCGUCUCCUGGCCUUCCGUCAGAUCCACAAGGUCCUUUGCAUGGACCCCCUGCCCCAGAUGAAUCCGCGCUUCAGCGUGCGCAACCAGCGCAAGCGUCGCCGGGACAACAGCGAGGGCACGGACAGCCUGGAGGGCGAAGGCAAGAAGGACAAGAAGGACUUCGAGGGGUUCUGAGCCUCCUCAGUCUAUUAAAGCUGGUUGAGCGUUGGAUAACGUCUGGGAAGUGUGUGCUGAGCCCUUCCUGUCCUCCGCACUGUCACUCAUCAGUUACUGUUUCUUAUCCUUUCAGGAGUUAUUUUAUUCAGUUUUUGUGCAGCUGAGAGUCGUGACUCCAGCUGUGGUCGUGACUCCAGCUGUGGCCGUGACUCCAGCUGAGAGUCGUGACUCCAGCUGAGGUCGUGACUCCAGCUGAGGUCGUGACUCCAGCUGCGGUCGUGACUCCAGCUGCGGUCGUGACUCCAGCUGCGGUCGUGACUCCAGCUGCGGUCGUGACUCCAGAUGUUCCGAUUGUUCCCCGGGGGAGGGUUCGGGUUAGGGGGACGUGGGCUCUGAACGGGGUCUGUCCGCUCCUUUUUUCCUCCGACGGUCUGAUAUUAUUUCUCAUGGCGAGUUAGAGGCGGUUGUGUUUUGAAGAAAGGCUCCUGAUGAGUCCUGAUAUAUUGUAAUAUUCCUAUAAUCUACUCCUCAUGGAAAGCUUUGGUUCUGAAGCAUGGCUCCCGUCAAUGUGUUUUUGGUUUUAGUUUUAAUAUAGAAGUCUCCUUAAUGCUCUGUAGUUCAUAUGAAGAUCUUUAAGUUAAAAAGUGAUUACAAUAGAAGUAUGAUGUUGUAAUUGUGGUUUGCGGUCCGCUCCUCAAUGUGUUCUCUGCCACAGCAGAAUUAAACAUUUACCAAUGAAACUGCUUUCCUUGCCUCUCUGUGGAACGGUUCACACUUAACUUCAAUAAUAUAACAUAUACAUAUAAUAAAACGAACAUGGGAGAACAGCUGG